GCCUAGCAACGGGGCGCGGAGGGGCCGGUGUGGGGCGGGGGGGAGGCCCCGGGGCGGGCCGCGAGGAAGCAGAGGAAACAGAAUUGGAGAAAGAAGAUAAAAAGAAGCAUUGUGGAACAACCAUUGUAGUAAGACACAAAUACUACACUGUCUCGAGAACUUGAAAGAACGCCUGUGGACAGGCCACCAGCAAUGGUGAGUCAGGAAGUGCCAGGCAUGUCUAGAUGUCUUGGAGAAGCACAUGCAUUAGAUGAACUCAGCACAUCCCGUGAUGAAGUACUUGACCCUAGUAACGUGAAAAAGGCUGAAGCUUCUGCAGUCAUGGCUAAAGCUGACCUCAAGCCAAAAUCUAUACGUCAUGCCAAAAAUUGGUCAGAUGAGGUAGAGAACUUAUACAGAUUUCAGCAAGCUGGAUACAGAGAUGAGUUUGAAUAUAAACAAGUAAAACAAGUUGAUACGGUAGAGUGUUGGCCAGAAACUGGAUUUGUUAAGAAGCUUCAGAGAAGGGACAAUACCUUCUAUUACUACAAUAAGCAAAGAGAAUGCGAAGACAAAGAAGUUCGUAAAGUGAAAGUUUAUGUUUAUUAAUUUUGUUACUGUUCUAAUGUUUGCCUUGUUCUAUAAAUCUGUUGGUUAGGAUCUGUAAGUAGAUGAGAUUUGUGUAAUCUGACUUAAGUACAGAUGUCAUUCGUAGAUAGAAUGGGGAAUGUAGGAAAUGUAGAGUGACCUGGAAUUAUAGACAGGGGAAUUUCAUUUUUUUUCCUGUUAUAAUUAAAAGUAUUAUUAUUCCUAGUUACAAAUGAUUUGAUAUCAAAAAUCAACAAUAAAAAAAUAAUAAU